AUGGAGAACGAGCUCUGCUUUGGUCGAUUAGCUCUGACUCUGGGUAAGUCUAGUGAGCGUCAGCUGGCAAUGGAUUGGUUUAACCUGCACGGUAUUGACCUGAACCAUCCGCCUAGCUAUGAUGACUUCAUCGAACCAGAUGGAACUGAAGCACCAGUCCAAGGCGCAUCAGUAGAUGGUACUGGUGCUAGUUCUGGAUUCAUGUCAGUAGAUGAUACUACUGAUGGUGCUCCGACUGGUCAAACGCUGUCUAGUGAAGAAAGUGGCAGUGAUGGCGAGGUGCAGUCAACGCCAGAAGGAUUUGCACCACGUAAACCAUACCUAGGGAUGAAAUUUGAUACGUGGGAGGCUGCUAAAGUGCACUACAACAGGUAUGCCGAACAUGUUGGUUUCUCUAUGAAGAUGAGUUCUUCCAGAAAUUCAGUAUUGGACAAGCAGAAGGACAAGUACUUGUUUGUGUGCAACAAGUCUGGAACUAAUUCAGAGAAGGAAGAGACUGAGGCAGUGAAGUUGAGGAACAGAGCAAUCACGAUACGGACUAACUGUCAAGCAAAAAUGCGUGUAAAAAGGAAGGGUUCAAUAUGGGAAGUAACACAGUUCAUUGAAGAGCACACUCAUGAAACUAUCAAGAAGCUUGGUUUGAAGAAGUAUUUACGAUCACACAAGAAGAUACCAAAAGAAGAAAAGAAGUUCAUUGAUCUGUUAGACAGUGUGAACCUCUCAGCAGGAAGAAUAAUGGACAUCAUGUCUGAGCUUUAUGGAACAGGAAAAGCAGUUCCUUAUGACACGAAGACAAUAAGCAACUACAUGGCAAGUAUAGAUGAGAAGCAAAAUGUGAAAGACAUACCAGAGCUUCUUAGUUACUUUGAGGAACUGAAGAAAGAAGAUCCAAAUUUCUUCUACAAAUACAAACUUGAUAGUGAGGACAGGAUUGAAAAUAUAUUUUGGGUCGAUGGACCCACUAGAGAAGUUUACAAGAAUUACAAUGACUGCAUAUCCUUUGACACUACAUACAUGACAAACGCUUAUAAGAUGCCGUGUGCACCCAUUAUUGGAAUUAACAGAUAUGGGCAGACAAUCCAGUUGGGAUGUGGCUUCUUGAGGAAUGAGAAGAUAAGUAACUUUGUCUGGUUGUUUGAGCAGUUCCUGGAUGCUAUGGAUGGUUUACACCCUCUGAAUAUCAUCACUGACCAGGAUGCUGCUAUUACUACUGCCAUCCAGGAAAUGUUUCCUAACUCGUGCCAUAGGAACUGUCGGUGGCAUAUAAUGCAAAAUGCACAAGGAUCCCCUCUCGGCCCUUUCAUGGCGAAGCAUGAGGAACUACGAAGGGAGUUCAAUGAAAUUGUUGACUAUAGCCUGACACCUGUCGAGUUUGAGAACCGAUGGGGAGAGAUGAUUGAGAGGCAUGGUGUAUCGGACAACACAGACCUUGCUUACCUAUAUGAAAUUAGAGCUAAAUUUGUCCCAGCUUACUUUAUGGAUAGGUUCUUCCCUUUCCUACAAACUACUGCUCGCAGUGAAGGAUUCAAUGCAGUUCUGAAGAGAUAUGUUGACCCAAAUGCAAGCCUGCUACGUUUCUUCAAACAAUACAUGAAGUUACAAGAGAGGAUAGAUAUUACUGAAGAUUCACAUGAAUUUAUGGGUGAGGACAAAACUCUAAAAACUUGGUGUGACUUUCCAAUGGAGGAGCAAGUACUAUCCAUAUACACACUACCCAUAUUCAGGCGAUUUCAACUUGAGUUGAAGAAAUUUACAUCCUACAACAUACAGCAAAUUAAUCCUUCAUUGUUUGAGGUUUCUCCAAUCAGAAAUGCAGUGUUUGGUUAUGGAGCAAGGAAUUACAGGAUCACUGCAAAUCUGGAGCAAGAUGAAUACAGUUGUGAAUGCUGCAAAUUUACUAGAGAUGGGUUGAUUUGUUGCCAUAUAAUAAAGGUUAUGUCUGCUGUUGGUAAAGUAGAAGUAAUGCCACAACGUUACAUUCUACCUAGGUGGUCAAUUCCCCCUCCCGACAUACAUAUUCCUCAGACUGAACCCCAGCAAAUGCCAGCGGGCAAAUUGUCUAGGAAGGAAAUGAGGUUACUUCGCUAUGGUAACCUCACUAAGGAUUUCGCGAAACUAGCAGUUAAUGCAUGUGCUUCAGAAAAAACAGAUGAAGUGGCUAGGAAACAUAUGCGUGCAAUGGAAGCUGAAUUUGCAGCAAUGAAGAAACAAGCGGCAGAUGCAUUGAAGAGAAAAAAGAAGCAGAAGGAAACAGUUCCUCCAUGUGCAGAACAUGCUGAAACUACAGAAAAUCCUAGCAGCUCAACUGUUGGUGCUGAACAUAAUAUGCAUGUAAACAAGAAAGCUAGGGAUCCACCUUUGACAGUAACAAAAGGGAGGCCAGAGGAGAAGAGGAAGAAGAGUGGACUACAUCUUAAACCUGCAAAACCAACAAAAUGUACAAUUUGUGGGUCAAGCUUGCAUAAUCCAAAAGAUUGUCCAUCUAAGAUUGCAAUGAAAGAGAAGACACCAAUUAUUCAGCUUUUCCAAUGA